AUGCCACCCGGACGGAAGUCGCGCAUUACACUGCCGCCUCCCUUCUUUGCUGAAAAGAGCCGGGGACGUUUGACACACAGCCCCCAAGGGGCAUCGGUGACGCGCAGAGGGCGUUCAGUUCAGCAGGCGAGACAAGCCUCUGCGACCAACUGCCAGAGAGCCAGCCAGAGAGCCAGCCAGAGAGCCAGCCAGCCAGACUCGUCCAACUCGCUCGCCCCCCUCGGGCACGGAGGCUGGAGCAGUGAGGAAUCCCCGCAGCCGCAAAUCUACACACGCCCUCCCCGGGUUCUCCAGUUUUCGCUGGGUCCAUGUCAUCUCGGAUCUCGCUGGCCUGGCCUUCCGGAUAUGGGAUGCAGCUUAAUUCGCAUAUUAGUUGCCCAGCCGGGGGCCGCGAGUCCAGGGACCAGGACUUGCUGA